UCAGUAUUUAUUGUUUCACUCCUUAUGAUUUAUUUAAUUAUCUCAGACUAGUUGAGUUUCAAGCACUGGACCAAGUGAGUGUACUAAAAAAACAUAAGAUAAGACUAGGAAAUUAUUAAAUAAAUGGAAUUGUUAAUAAAUCUUGAUUAUUUAAUAAUAAUAAUAAUACUUUGGGAUACUAUCGUCUGAACUCCCGGGAAAAAUGUCGGUUGCUCGCUUAUUUUUUUUUCCCGGAAAGAUAUGAUAUAUAUAUACAUUUUUUAAAUUAUGUUUUUUUGAAGUCACAUAAGCAGCAAUAGUACUACUAAACGACAAGGUAAAAAAGGAUGGAGCUUUUCGAGAAAUGCUCUAAAACGUCUCAAAGGAAGAUAUACUGAUGGGAUGGGAUGGGAUGUCUAAUUUAAAUUAUUAUUGCUUGAGUGAUGAAUUUCUUCUACAGAAAGACAAAAGAAAGAAAAUGAUGGGUCUGAGUUGCGCUUCUCCUGAUUGCUCUUCAUCUUCUCCAAGGAACUCGGAGAAGCAGAGUGUGAUUGUUGCCUCACCUUCAAGAUUCUCUUGCUAUAGUGAACCGUUUGUAUCUAUUGAGAAGAGAUUACUAACUCAUAAGGAUUCUCAUUGCAACGUAAUGCCAAAGUCUUCAGAAGAUUUGAGGAAGGAGAUUGCUUCACUUGAGUUUGAGAUUCUGCGUACGGAGCAGUACCUGCUCUCUCUUUACAGGACAGCUUUCGAUGAACAAGUUACUUCUUCUUACUCUCCUCACACUGAAACAAGCUUAGUCUCCAAUCAGUUUUGUCCCAUAUCCGAGCAUUCAGACCUCGCCGGUGUCCUCAGCUACCAUUACCAAGCUUCUCCGGUCUCUGAACGUUCCACUUCGUGUCCUAAGAGUUUCCAAGCCAGCUUAAAAGCCUUUUCCGCAAGAGAGAAGACAAGAUAUGUUUCUGGCAAUCACACUACUCUGGGAGACCUUCUAGGCUCGUCUAAUAUUGUAGAUGAUGACAUGGUGAACCCGAGUAGGCUCUCUGAAGAAAUCUUGAGAUGCAUAUCUUCAGUGUACGUUACACUCUCCACCAAAGCAAGAACCAGUUCUUCUCCUUCACCUUCUUCAUAUGUCUCUUGGAACCCAUGCCUUGGGGAAAUCAAAGAAGCAGACGUUCCACGUGGCGUUGUAAUAGAGUCUCUGAAACUUCACCUGGAUGAUAGUAGUUUCAACCACGCAGCUCUUAUGCUCCAAAACUUCAGAUCACUAGUUCAAAAGCUUGAGAAGGUUGAUCCAAGUAGAUUGAAACGAGAAGAGAAGCUUGCGUUUUGGAUAAACAUUCACAAUGCCCUCACAAUGCAUGUAAGCAAACAUCUAAUGGAUAAAGCUUCAAUCUUUUUAUUAAUUCUCUCUUUCUUGCAGGCUUAUUUAGCCUAUGGAACUAACAACCGCGCAAGAAACAACUCUGUUUUAAAGGCAGCUUAUGAUGUUGGAGGCUACCGCGUAAACCCUCACAUUAUCCAAAGUUCAAUCUUAGGCCUUCGCCCGCAUUUCACACCACCUUUGCUGCAGACACUCUUUUCGCCAUCAAGAAAGUCGAAAACUUGCACUGUCAAACACAUUUACGCCUUGGACUAUCCAGAGGCGUUGGCUCAUUUCGCUCUCUCUUCAGGAGCUUCCACAGAUCCUCAUGUUCGGGUUUACAAGGCGGAUUGCGUGUUCAGAGACUUAAGAAGAGCGAAAGAAGAGUUUAUAAGAGACAACGUUCGUAUACAGAACGAGACAAAGAUAGUGUUGCCUAAGAUAGUUCAUUACUAUGCUAAAGAUAUGUCACUAGACGCAUCUGCGCUCAUGGAGACAACGGUGAGGUGUUUGCCUGACUCCAUGAAGAGAGUUGCUCAGAAACUGUUGAAGAAGAAGAGCAAAUGCAUCGAAUUCUCACCUGAAAAUUUAAGUUUCCGUUAUGUAAUCAUAUCAAGACAUUGAUCAUCAUGUAAUGUAAAGCAAAGCGAAAUGUACAUUAAACGUCACGUAGUUUACAAAUUGAGAGUUGAACUACACGCCGUUUU